AUGCCCUCCUCACUGAAACUUCUUUCAAAUCUUAUCGCAGACUCAGUAGACAAGAUCGACCAGAAAUGCACAGCUCAAAAUCUUCCAUUCCCUCAGCUUGACGAUAUAUUUUCUUUCCAAUCCGAGGCCAUAUGCAACGACGCGGACGUCGUUGAAGCUAUCCACGUGAUCACGGCCGCAGCGACACAGUUGAUAGCAACAGCGAGAGCUCCCAUCAUGACGUUGUCUGUCGUUGCUCACCAAUGGGAUGUACCUGCCUGUCUUCGUGUUGCGAACGAUGCAAAUGUUGCUGAGAUACUACGCGACGUGGGCCCCGAGGGCGCCCACAUAGAUAACAUUGUCAAGAGAAACGGAAUGAAUGCGGCCCGUCUUGGUCGAGUCCUCCGCUUGCUCGUCUCUCACCAUAUCUUCCGAGAAGUAUCCCCAGACGUCUUUGCAAACAAUCGCAUUUCUUCCCUUCUUGACUCUGGAAAGCCAGUCCAAAAGCUCGAGAAGAACCCACAAGCCAAAUACACCGAAACGUCCCCCAUCAAUACGUUCGUCAGUUGGGGGACCGGUGAAUUCUUCAAGGGCGGUGCUUUCUUGUCACAAACACUUCGAGACCCCGUUUACGGACACUCUGAUGAAGCCAACCAGAGUGCUUUAAGCAAAGCCUUUGACUUUGAUGUCAAUUUCUUCGAGUGGCUAGAGCGUCCCGAGAACACAGACGUGCUGUCCCGCUUCAGUCUCCUGAUGCGUGCAACUACUGAUUUGUUGCCUAACGCCACAAUAUUAAACGGUUUUGAUUUCAGUUCUCUUCCUGAUGGCGCCCUAGUCGUUGAUGUGGCUGGCGGGAUAGGCUCUCUGUCGUUGGUUCUGGCCAAAACAUUCUCCAAGUUGAAUGUCGUGGUGGAAGAAAGAGUUCAGCUAGUCUCUGAUGCUGAGCCAUAUUGGAAAUCGAAUUUACCUGAAGCUCUGGAAAGCGGUCGCGUCAGACUUGUCGCUCAUGACAUGUUUACUCCUCAGCCGGACCUUGGCAGCGCAGUCGACGUGUUUGUCCUUCGCGGGAUCCUUCACGAUUGGGCCGAUUCGUAUGCAAUUCAGAUCCUAGGUCACCUACGUGCAGCUGCCAAACCGCAGACAAAACUUGUGGUGAUCGAUAUUAUCCUAGAGUCUCCGUGUCAUGUUCCCGAUACCAAGACGAUAAAAGGCUGUAAGCCCCGUCCGGUACCCGAACCUCUCCUGGCUAACAUGGGCGCGGCCAAUACGAUGGCUUAUUCGAUGGACGUGAUGAUGAUGACCUUCGGCAACGGACAGGAGCGUACACUCAAAAAUUUUGUUGAUAUCAUGGACAAGACAGGCUGGGAGCUAAAGGAGGUUGUAAGCGUUGGCUCGUGGCGACCCCACUUGAUCGCGGUGCCAAUAUAAGAUGC